GAUUUGAUUGGUGAGGAAUUUACCUCACACACCUUCAAACUCCGAUGGAGGUGGCACGCGCGUCGCCAUGGCAGCGAAUGGAAUCCACGCGGCACGUUCGUCUCUUAGGCUGGACUCUUCUAUUACCACAAUGUGGCCACCAACGAGACGCAGGCCGAGCCACCCUCUCCCUGGGAGAGACGCACCUCUCGACGAGAUCCGAAUGUCUUCUACUACUGGACCGGAGCUGUUCAGCCCUUGGGGCCACUGGCGGGUUGAGCCGGGUUGAGCAAAAGUACAUAGAAGUACCGAAGUACUGGAGGAAUCGUGAUACGGGCGAGACUUCUGUGGAGAAGCCAGAGAUUACAGUGAGGGAUGCUUCAGCAGAUCCAGAGCCAGCCUGAGUGUGGCUGCAAAACUUCUGGCUUGAUUUUUCUUCAACAGGUUUUCUUGCCAGUGGAAUUGUGUCCUCUGAGAGGCGCCCCAAAACCGCUGCGCGACAUCUUGUGAGCCCCGUUGCGCGCAGACAA